AUGACUCGCUAUGGAAGCUUAAAGAAGACCGCGGCGCUACACCCGAACCGGUACCCGCUUUCUUGCACGCUGUGCAAGGGAAAGCAUCCAUUGCGGCUCUGCUCGUCCUUCCGGGCCAAGACACCGGAGGAGCGCCUACGGGAGGCACUCAUCGGGAAGUAUUGCAUAAAUUGCCUCGCGGUCAACCACCGGUCAGCGAACUGCCCCAGCGACGCACGGUGCCGGCGCUGCAACGAGAAGCACCACACGAUGCUCCACAUCGGCGAAAAUACCCGUCGCCGCCCCGCAGUGCCUCAAAUCCAAUCAUGGAGCGAACAAGUAAGUUCCGAUGAUGCCCUCUCCAUUGAUGCAUCAGACUCUGGAACGGAGACUAGGCCUCUCCAACCAGAACCGGAGGAGGGAGAACUCCUUGAAAUCGGAGCGGAAACACGGCCUUUCCCAUCACAGCGAGGGGAAACGGAAACCCGGACUUUCCGCCCCCUUCUGCAACAUGAACGUCGCGGACACAAACGCCGUCUGCGCCGUCGCCAAGCGCACAACCCGGCCAGACUGGAGACCAGGUCUCUCCAGCUGCACCGGGCUAGCUCCUUCAGAGCCGGGCUAACAAAUCGAGCCGGCAGAGUGGCUCAUUCCUUGCUGCCAACGACAGCCAUCUUACCGACGGCGGUAGUGAAGAUCGAGGCAGGAGGACGCCUACACCUAAUCAGGGCGCUCAUAGACGCAUGCGCCCCUACGUCGCUAAUUGCGCGCGACCUAGCAGUAGAAUUGAAAUUGGAGCAGACGCAUAUCGGCGGUCAACGCGGCUGCCUUGUAGUACUGCGCGGCAGACACGGGACAAAUACCCGCAUCUCAACCCACGUGAGGACAAUAAACGGCUAUAUGCGCAUCAGCCCGACCACCACAUUGGACUCCGACCUAGCAGCCCCAUACACACACAUCAAGCUGGCGGAUCCAAACUUCUAUAAGUCAUCGCCGAUACGCUUGGUGCUCGGCGCGGAUGUGUAUUCCCGCAUCAUGACCCAACAGGUCAUGCCACACACAUUUGGGCAGUUCCUCGCUCAGGGCUCCAUCUUCGGCUGGGUGCUCUCGGGUACGGCCCGGUACUAGAUUAAGCCAUGUUAGUAUUUAUUUUUUUAACUUAUUCUAUUGUGUUUUUUUGGAAUUCUCACUUAGAAUAAGUAUUGUUUUUUGUAAAAAAAAAAAAAAAAUAUAUAUAAUUAUAAUAAUGAAUAAACGAACUAUCUGUACUCAUAUUGUACCAUAAAUUUGUACAUCGUUGCGGUGGUCGAUGGACAUUUAAUUUUUUGUUGCUCACCGCAAGGGGGCCGGUAUGUUUAGGCCAGCGCCUAAUUUCUUUUUACCACCCCUAGUGAGUGUAUAACAAACCAUUGCCAGUUAGCUGUUGAUAGCUUUCACUCAACGGUUAACAGCUUUCACUCAACUGGCAAUGGUUUCGUUGAAAUUCCCGGUUAGCAAGCGAUCCUGCUAAUCAGCUAGGGACACUUCUGUUUAGAGAGCGAAGCGAACCACGACGUUUUUUCCACCGGCCACCACAACAAGCAUCACCACAACCAUAAAUGUAAGUAUUUUUUGGUAAUCAAAAAAUUAAUAAAAUAAAAUUGAAAACAUUUUAAUGCUAUCUGAAACACAAACUUUGUGGUUUUAUUCACUAAUUCUGUUUUCCCGAUUUUUUUCAUAUUCUCAACGAUCGACGCAUCGACCACGCAACUGAUUCGUCGACCGUACGAGAAUUAUUCAUUAACGAUAGAUAAAAUUGAUGAGAAGUAUCAUACUAGGAUGGUAAAAGAACCUCAUCUUGUUAUUUUGAGAGAACCCAAUUCUUGGUUUGAUUGGUUACGUAAGACUGGAACAUGAAACCGCUGAAUACAAAACAACCAAAUGAAAUGGUUUUUUCAACGAUAAAAAUAUAUCACUGGAUACAUUAAUUGGAACAUGCACUGACGGUGAGCCAACAAACACUGGCCCACACGGUGGAAUUACACGACGAUUCGAAUUGCUGUUAAAAAGACCAUUGCAUUGGUUUGUUUGCCUUCUACACUUCAACGAACUUCCGUUUCGGCAUUUGUUUGAAGCUUUGGAUAAAUCAACCAGCACUGGACCAAGAUCGGCAACCGGAAAACUGAGCCGUCAAAUCGAAACUUGUGAAACUCUUCCGGUGGUGGACGGCUUCCAGAAAAUUGAGUUGAAAAAUAUGCCCCCUGCUCCAGAAAAAAAAGAAUUUUCCACCGAUUCGAAGUACUUAUACGACAUGGCCCAUGCAAUUUCUAGCGGCGUGGUUCCGGUGGAUCUGGCUAACAUCAAACCAGGGAAAAUUGUACAUUCUCGGUGGUUCACCAAGGAACUAGAUUAAUGCGAUUAUAUGUGACAACGGAAAAUCCAGAUGCAAAUUUAAGAAUUCUGGUUGAAUUUAUAAUUAAAUGUUAUGUGCCAAUGUAUUUCAAUAUCAAGUAUUACGAGCUCUGUCGUGUACGGCAGUGCAUUAUUUUUCAAGUUCAUUGGUUGGUCACGAUUUCUAAAACCUCGUUUACGCAAAAUUGUCAAUCAAGUAAUUAAAGAUAAUUCAUAUUAUGCGCAUUCGGAAAA